UUGACAGGAGCAUCCUUUCGCUGGGCGGGUGCUCCGUGGCUUCGGCUCCAUCCUCCUCCUCCUCUUCUUCCUCGUCCUUGGAGCCGCAGGGUCCUCCCUGGCUCUCUUUCUCUCUCUCUCUCUCUGUGUCUGUCUAGCAGGAUGAGCAGGCAGGUGGUGCGCAGCAGCAAGUUCCGCCAUGUCUUUGGCCAGCAGGCCAAGGCGGACCAGUGCUACGAGGACGUGCGGGUGUCCCAGACCACCUGGGACAGCGGCUUCUGCGCCGUCAAUCCCAAGUUCGUGGCACUGAUCUGCGAGGCCAGCGGCGGGGGAGCCUUCCUGGUACUACCCUUGGCUAAGACCGGCCGGGUGGACAAGAAUGUCCCCACGGUGUGCGGCCACACGGCUCCUGUGCUGGACAUUGCCUGGUGUCCCCACAACGACCACGUCAUCGCCAGCGGCUCCGAGGACUGCACCGUAAUGGUGUGGGAGAUCCCCGAUGGGGGCCUGACCCUGCCGCUCCGGGAGCCCGUGGUCACUCUGGAGGGACACACCAAGCGGGUGGGCAUCGUGGUCUGGCACCCGACGGCCCAGAACGUGCUGCUCAGCGCAGGCUGCGACAACGUGGUGCUCGUGUGGGACGUGGGGACGGGGGCGGCGGUGCUGACCCUGGGGCCGGACACGCACCCCGACACCAUCUACAGCGCCGACUGGAGCCGGGACGGCGCCCUCCUCUGCACCUCCUGCCGGGACAAGAGGGUCCGCGUGAUUGACCCUCGCAAGGGCACCGUCAUCAUCGAGAAGGAACGGCCUCACGAGGGGACGCGGCCGGUCCGAGCGGUGUUCGUGACGGAGGGCAAGAUCCUGACCACGGGAUUCAGCCGCAUGAGUGAGAGGCAGGUGGCUCUCUGGGACAUGAAGAAGCUGGACGAGCCGCUGUCGCUGCAGGAGCUGGACACGAGCAGCGGGGUCCUGCUGCCCUUCUUUGACCCCGACACCAACAUCGUUUACCUCUGUGGCAAGGGGGACAGCUCAAUCCGGUACUUUGAGAUCACCGACGAGGCCCCGUUCCUACACUUCCUGUCCAUGUUCAGCUCCAAGGAGUCCCAGAGGGGAAUGGGCUACAUGCCCAAGCGCGGGCUGGAGGUCAACAAGUGUGAAAUCGCCAGGUUCUACAAACUGCACGAGCGGAAGUGUGAACCCAUUGCUAUGACGGUGCCCAGGAAGUCAGACCUGUUCCAAGAGGACCUGUACCCUCCCACGGCCGGGCCCGACCCGGCCCUGACGGCCGAAGAGUGGCUGGGGGGCAAGAACGCGGCCCCGCUCCUGGUGUCCCUGAAGGACGGAUACGUGCCCCCCAAGAGCCGGGAGCUGAGGGUCAACCGGGGGCUGGAGACCGGGCGCAAGCGGGGGACCCCGGAGGCCGGCACGGAAGCGGUGUCCCGGCUGGAGGAAGAGGUGCGCCAGCUGCGGACCACGCUGCAGGAACACCAGCGACGCCUGGAUGAGCUGGAGCUGAAAAUUGGAGGGAAAUAAGAGAAGCGAGACGACGGGGGAGCGCGGGGGGCGGGAGGGGAGGGCUUGGCUAGACCCCUCCAGAUCCUACUGAACAAGCUGCCCUCAACUGAGACCAUCCUGGACCCCCUCCAGCCCUCCCCUUUCACGGCCGGGGAGGGGAGAGAGUUGUGAAGGGGCUGGGAAGAAAAAUUAUAACGGAUUUAUUUUCUGAUA